AUGACUAUCACGCUCAGCGAGAAACGACUCCCCACAAAGGUAGAUGGAACCCUGGCAGGUCUGCCGGACCUGAUUCUUGGAGGCGCCGUCUUCAACUACAUCUACAAGUCAGAUCCCGAGAACAUUCCGGCCACUGCCAUGGUGGACGAAGCAUUCUCCAAGGGGAUGAGCGCUAUCGACACCUCGGCUUACUACGGACCCAGCGAGGUGAUUCUGGGCGGUGUCCUGGACAAACUGAAGGAAAAGUGGCCUAGAGAGAGCUACUACAUUUGUACAAAGGCUGGAAGAGUUUCCCAGGAUUUAUUCGACUACACCAAGGAAGGUAUUAGAGCUAGCGUUGAGCGAUCCCUUGAUGUGCUUCAUACUACUUACGCUGACGUGGUUUACGUUCAUGAUGUCGAGUUCAAGAAGCCUGAGGAGAUUCUCGAGGCUGUCACCACUCUGCACGAGAUGCGAAAGGAGGGAAAGAUCCACUAUGUCGGAAUCAGUGGGUACCCUGUCGACUUCCUGGCCAGCAUGUGUGAGAUUCUGCGAGAUCAGGGAGUGCCAGUGGACAUUGUCCUCAGCUACUCCAAUAUGUGCCUUCAAAACACUCUUCUCCUCGAAAGCCUGGACAGAUUCAAGCUGGCCGGUGUGCAGAAAGUGCUCAACGGAUCUCCUCUGUCCAUGUCACUUCUGAGAUCCCAGCCCACUCAUUCGUUCCACCCUGCACCUGAGUCCCUCAACAAGGCUGUCAGCAAGGUUGUGGAGUACACCAAGAGCCAGGAUGUCGAGCUUGCCGAUCUGGCUCUUCGUUAUGCAUUUGCGAAGUUCCCUGGAGGCACCGUGGUUGGCGUCUCAACUGUCGAGGAACUUCAGGCGGCUUUGGAUAACUACUGGCUAGCAAAAAGUGAGUCUGUCUCAGAUCAGGAAAUGUUCGACAAUGUCAAAAGCCUAUAUGGCGAUCAGUGGAACCUCACUUGGACCAGUGGCAACAUCGCUGGAAAUGCUUAG